GUCGCACCUGAGGCAACGAAGAUGCGCAAAAAGCGUCAACGCAUCAGUGCGACUGGACAAACUGGGAAGCAGGCUUGCUGCGUUCAAGGACAGAGAACAAGAUCGUCAUUUAAGGUGACUUGUUGAGCGGAUUUCCCAAACUGUCCACGCAACAUGACCAGAUGCUGGUGGGCGUGUCGUGAGCAAGCUUGUGGGUCUUCUGCUGCUGCUGCUAGCUUGACUGUUGCUUGCUGUUGCAAAUCAGACCUCUCCAAAUGUCGGAUAACUAAGCCACACCAUUCUUUUCUUUUCGUUGUUUGGUUUGUUUUGUUUUGUUGUUGUUGUCGACAACAAGAGAGUGGAUCCUGAAAACAAGUUCUCAAGAUGAAACUGCAGACAGCAACUGUAAUUAAUGAACGGAAUAGAAAUGCCCCUGAACCGGAGUGACAAAAAUCUGGUGACAUUUUUCUGACAUGAGUGUCCAGACAUGCACAUCCUCAGACUAGCAUGUAUAAUCAUGGCCAGGGUCAUUACGUUCAGAUCCCUUCAGUUUCUGCUGCUCCUGGCCGCUGGCUUGGCUGUGAUGGCGUUCUACUAUUUUGGCUCAGAGAACCAGAACUUCUCGAGCACCACCAAGCGGAUCAAACUUUCUCAAGCCAGCCAAAACACCAACAGAAACAAUGCGGACCUGACCUUAGAUACCAGGUUCUCCCAGGCUGACGGGUCCCAGAAGAAGGAAAAGGCAGAGAGCGAUAAGUUUCGAUUGAAAAAGAGUGGCGACACGACUUUGGACCAACGCUACAAUGUUCUCAUGAUGUUCACUAAAGUGGACAAAAGUCGCAGCCUCCAGGACAAGUUCAGCGUGGCCAUGUUGUCUAUGGUGAAAUAUGCAGGGUUCUUGGAAGGAGAGGUGUUGGCUCUUCAUUUUGUCAGUGAUCAGGCCAGUAAAGACCUUGGCGAGAAGCUGCUUCAGGAAUUCCUCACAAAUGCAACGUUCAAGUAUGAGGUGUUGUUCCACGAUGUGGAUACCCUCACUCACAAGCUCUUCCCAAUUGUGGAGGUCUUGCAGAAGCACUUCAGUGCUGGCUCCGGAGCGUAUUACAGCGACUCCAUCUUCUUCCUGUCUGUAGCCAUGCACCACAUCUUGCCAGAAAAUUUGACACGCAUUGUGCAGGUUGACCUUGAUCUGAAGUACAGGACCAACAUCAGGGAUCUCUUCCAAGAAUUUGACCGCUUCCCACCAGGAGCAGUACUAGGGAUUGUCAGGGAGAUGCAGCCAGUGUACAGACACACGUUCUGGCAGUACCGCAAGGAAAACCCUCAAACCAGAGUGGGUGACCCUCCGCCGGAGGGUCUCCCCGGCUUCAACAGCGGUGUGAUGUUACUGGACCUUGCUGCAAUGAGGGCGUCCACUCUUUAUAACCAGCUGCUGGAAAUAGGAAAUGUGAACAAGCUCGCCAACAAGUACAGCAUCAGAGGCAACCUCGGGGACCAGGACUUCUACACAAUGAUCAGCAUGGAGCACCCAGAACUGUUUUACUCCCUGGCCUGUGGUUGGAACCGACAACUGUGUACCUGGUGGAGGGACCACGGCUACGGAGAUGUUUUUCAGUUGUAUUAUCGCUGUGAUGGACCCAUCUAUAUCUACCACGGGAACUGUAACACCCCCAUACCAGAUGAUUAAUGGAAAUACAGUGUCUUUGUCAUGACAGACUCUCCCCUUUGCUCGUCAACACGCUACAAAGAUCAUCCUUUCCUGCUUACUUGCACCCCUGUCACUGUAGAUAAAACACAAAAACUCUUCUUCAAAUUGCAUCUGGUAUUGGUUGUACGUUUUACUCAUCUACGUUUUAUACAUUUUUGUUCAUCAGGCCCUGAAGUCAAUCCAUGAGCUUUGUGAAUACCCAGCUACCACCUUAUUGCUAUGGUUACCCAGUCCCUGACUGGCAACCAUUAUCCUUUCACAGUAUGUCUAUUAUUGUUUGUGUUUCUCAUUUUUGUCGUUGUUAGCUUUUUUUUCAGUAUUGCCUUGAGAUAACUGUCUAACCUAUUUUUUGUAAGAUAUUGACCAAAAAGAAAAGAACGUUGACCCACAUUUGAGCUGUCAGUCUGACUCAUAUAAAUGUCAAGGCUCGACAUUCAUCACUUAAAUGUCUUGGGUGGUGGCUGGUGGAAGCUUCUGGAUUGAGAUAAUCACACUACCAAACACUUUUGAGCAGGAACAUUAUUUCAAACCUGUAUGUUUCCCAUGAAUUGACCCUGAGCUGUAAUAAUUAUUUUUUUUAAUAGCUCUAUUGUGAACUUUUGAUUGCACUUUACAAUAAUAAAAAACUCGUGCUGAAACAGGUUUUUUUUUUUUUUAGCUCCUGUCAAUCUGCAUAAAUAUUCUGAAUGGAGGACCAAUGUCCCUGUUUAUGUUGGAACAUUUUUUUCCAUGGAACAAAAAUAUUUUAAAUUCUCCAUUUGUGGUUGUUUAUGUUGUGAUAUAUUUGGAAAAUUUAGCCAGGCAGAACAAGGUUUGUGAGGGGACAGUAGGAAAGUGAAAACACAGAACUGAACAGGAAUUAGAAAAAAAAAAAAAACUUAGCAUAAUAAUAACAUGGUGUAUGAUUAUGUCAUGAUCUUAUCUUGAAGGAAAGCUACACCCUGUGAGGAAGGAGUACCACAACUAGUAGGAGAUGACAGGAAAGUACAGGACAUAACAGGGAAGGAGAGUUAGUGUUUCUGGUGUGUGGUGGGAGCGGCUACGCGGAGCCUAACACCUGUAAUGACUUAGACCUGCUGCACACUGCGUGAUCCAAUAUACAGUAUAUACGGUCCCCUCCAAAAGUAUUGGAACAGGAAGGUCAAAA